AUGGCUAGUGAGGAGAGUUUUGUAACGUUGGUGCAUCACAAAGGAUCGAUUAAGAGAAAAACACGAUCUGGUGUGAAGUUCACUGAUAAGGAUCCUCUCAGUAUUUUUAUCAGGCCUACGACGAGCUAUGAUGAGUUUGUGAAUUCUAUACUACAGAAACUUGGUCUACAAGGUGUGAAACGGGUUCAGAAGCUGUUCUAUUGCAUUCCGAUCUCAGUGCUGCAAGAAAUUAUGAACUUGGGGGGUUCGAACUGGAAUACCCACACUAUAGGCACGGUAGCCGAUUCUAGCUCGAGACCUGUUGGUGCAUGUUCCGUCCCUAUGAAUGAACCUCUUGACGAACCUGUCGCCUCCCCGUCAUUCGCUGUUGAUCUCAACUGUAGUGGUGGCGGAGAGGUUGGUAUCGUGGAUAGGGUGCUGACUUCUUUACAGUGUGCGGCACCGACUAGUCUGGGCGAUGCAUUGCUUGAUGAUGUUGACGAUGAUGAUGUGGAACCGGAUCUCAUUGCUGAUGAUAGUGGCAAUGAGAUUGCAGUGAGUAAUCCAGCUGGGGCUGGAGGUGGUUCUAGUUCUGGGACACAGCAGUACCCUGCAUACUUUUCAUUUUUGGACUUGGAUGCCAUGAGACAGGAGGGGGUUCCUGGGGAGUUUACUGGAUUUGGCGCUAGAGAUGCCGAGGGGUCAGGUAGUCUUACAGAGUUUCAGGUUGGUCAACAGUUUCAGGAUAAAGAUGAGGCUGUGUUAAGUGUGAAGACGUAUAGCAUCCGACGCGGGGUACAGUACAAAGUGGUGGAGUCUGACUAUCACCGGUAUGUAGGGAAGUGUUCUGAGUUUGGAAAUGGGUGCACAUGGUUGAUUAGGCUAAGUCUCCGGCAGCGCAAGGGUAUUUGA